AAAACAAAAUACAUAUUUUUUUUUUCAAAAACAUUUCAAAUAUUCCCAACGAAAAUCUUGCAUAAAAAUUGUCCUAUUGAUCGUGGAAGAUUGAUCUCUCUCACUCUUUCUAAUACCUCAUCAUGAAUCUAAAAAAAGCAAAAAUUUUUAAGCGAAUACAAAUGUUACAUCGCAUUUCGAGGGAAAAAUUACGUCAAGAAAAGCAAAGAGGGGAUGCGGAACAGCAGCUGUAUUGGAAUGUGGAAAGAGCUCUGUGUGAAUGCAAUGGCAAUGGUGUCGUGGAAAAAUCAAAUGAUAUUGAGAAUCAAAGUCAGGAGAUGGACAGUAGUGGCAUGGAGACAAUGCCUUCGAUAAGCUCCACCAGGGCCAGCAUUUGCAUCGCCCAAUCCCGCUAUUCAAUGAUUGGCUCCUUGGCCAAAUCUUUGGGUUACAAACUAACCAAGGCCAAUAGAUUGUGGAACAUAUUGUGGAGUGAUUCUCUGCCGGGUGUUGAGAUGUACAAGACUAUGAAAAGAUUUCAGCAAAUCAAUCAUUUUCCCGGCAUGAUGGAAAUUUGUCGCAAAGAUCUGUUAUCGCGGAACUUAAAUCGCAUGCUAAAGCUGUAUCCAAAGGAUUAUAAAAUAUUUCCCAAGACUUGGAUAUUUCCAGCAGACUAUGGUGAGGCGCUCAACUAUGCCCAGAGUAGUUGCGGGCUAAAAACGUUCAUUUUAAAACCGGAUUCUGGGGCCCAGGGACGUGGCAUAUGGCUGACAAACGAUCUGAAAACAAUCAAUGGCAGUGAACGAAUGAUUUGCCAGACCUACAUUGCAAAACCCCUGCUAAUCGAUGGCUACAAAUUUGAUUUGCGUGUCUAUGCCCUAAUCACCUCCAUUGAUCCGUUGCGCAUCUUUGUCUACAACGAGGGACUGGCACGAUUUGCCACUAGCAAAUAUCUGCCACCCUCUAUGGCCAACAACAGCGACUUGUAUAUGCAUUUAACCAAUUACUCGGUGAAUCGCAGAAAUGCCCAAUACGAACGCUGUGACGAUGAUAACUGUGGCAGCAAACGCACCUUUAGUUCCAUCAACACCUGGCUGGAGCAUAGAAAUCACAAUGUCGCAACAUUUUGGUCUCGCAUUGAUGAUAUUAUCAUCAAGACGAUAUUGAGUGCCUGGCCAACGUUGAAACACAACUAUCAUGCCUGUUUUCCGAAUCAUGAUCGUAUUCAGGCAUGUUUUGAAAUUUUGGGUUUUGAUAUUCUCGUGGAUGCAAAGUUUCGCCCCUACAUUUUGGAAGUUAAUCAUUCGCCCAGUUUUCACACCAAUGAAAUGGUCGAUCGUCAAGUGAAACGGCCAUUGAUCCGAGACACCCUGGCCCUGGUGUCGACAGCGCUGGCUGAUAAAAGACAAAUUCUGAAGGAGGAUCGUAAGAGAGUCAAGCAAAGGCUUUUGAAGCUCAAGCAAGAAAAUGGCUCCAAACUGACAGAUCAAGAAUCUGCCCCCUUGAGUGCCAUGGCUCAACAAAUUGCCUGGGAAGAAAGUCAUUUGGGCAAUUUCCGGCGCAUCAUGCCACCCAACAAUCAAACUCAACUCAAUUAUUACUCUCAAUUCUAUAGUCAAAAAAAUCAAGCCUCGAUCUAUGCUGAAACCGCGGCCAGCAAGAAACGUGAAGAAGUCUCGAAAAGGCUACGUCUGCAGCUGGAAGCAAGGCGACGUCGACAACACGACGAGCUACGAAAUCGUAAAGCUGGCAUUUUCAGAUUUGAAGAGCGUGGUAGAAAACGUUUAACCAUGCCGCGACGUCUAGUGGAACGACAACGCCUUACAUCGUUGCAAAAUCAAGCCCAUUGGACGCCAGGUUUUAUAUCGAGCGGUGAGGAACGUUUACGUCUGGCCUACAUGCAAAUGAGAAGUGAUCUUCUGAAGGAUAACAGAAUAUUGGAAAUGAUAUAUGGCAAUCUCUUCAAGGCUGGUAUCUUGAGUAACAGUGAUAUCUUAAAAUUUCCUGAACUCUAUAGGAAUUUGGAAAAUGGCUGUAAUUGAAAUGUUACUGAACUUUUGUAAUAAAAUUGUUGUGCCAUGCA